CGCACCAGGUGACAGCCCGGAAGCAGCGGAAGCGGCUGAGGGAAACGCGGCCAUCGGCCCCGGAGGGCGGCGCGGUGGUCCAGGAGCCUGCGUCCGCUCCGGACGCCCUGCGGGGCCCUCAUGCGGCUCCCUCGCUGACAUCUGAAAUCCGCCGCUCGCGGUCCUCCUGGAGACCGCUGGGUCGCCCCGCCUGCCGCCCUUGGCGGUUGAAAUCGUGGUGCGGAACCGCGGCCGCCGCCCAUGGAGAAGGCCGGGCGGGGCGGUGCUGGCUCCUCGCGGGGGCCCGUACUGCACAUCGUGGUGGUCGGCUUUCAUCACAAGAAGGGCUGCCAGGUUGAAUUCUCUUACCCGCCCCUGAUUCCAGGAGACAGACAUGACAGUCACACUUUACCUGAAGAAUGGAAGUAUUUGCCCUUCCUUGCCUUACCGGAUGGCGCACACAACUACCAGGAAGAUACUGUGUUUUUUCACUUGCCACCCAGAAACGGAAAUGGAGCCACAGUAUAUGGAAUCUCUUGCUAUCGACAAAUUGAAGCCAAGGCAUUGAAAGUACGGCAAGCAGAUGUCACCAGAGAGACUGUUCAGAAAAGUGUCUGUGUUCUAAGCAAGCUGCCUCUUUAUGGCUUACUUCAAGCAAAACUUCAGCUCAUUACCCACGCAUAUUUUGAAGAGAAGGAUUUUUCCCAAAUUUCCAUUCUUAAGGAGCUUUAUGAACAUAUGAAUAGUUCCUUGGGAGGAAUUUCAUUAGAAGGAUCCCAAGUAUAUCUUGGUCUGUCUCCUCGAGAUCUUGUGCUUCAUUUUCGACACAAGGUCUUAAUCCUGUUUAAACUAAUUCUUCUUGAAAAAAAGGUUCUCUUUUAUAUUUCUCCAGUAAACAAAUUGGUGGGCUCACUGAUGACUGUCUUGUCCCUUUUUCCAGGCAUGAUUGAGCAUGGUCUCAGUGACUCUUCUCAGUACAGACCCCGAAAGAGUAUGUCUGAAGAUGCUGGACUUGAAGAAAACAAUCCCCCUGUAGAUGAUUUUGUUUCUGUGUCUGCUCCUGACAUUUCAAAUACUGACUUGGGAAUGGUCAAGAAAAUCAUGACAGGAAACCAUGGAGAAGAUUCUGCCAUCAAGACUGAAGAACCUUUGUUCCAAGUAGAAGAUGAGAGCAGGAAAGGACAGGAAUCCAAUGAUACCAAUCAAUAUUUGAAACCUCCUUCUCGCCCAUCUCCAGAGUCUUCAGAAAGUGACUGGGAGACCUUGGAUCCUAGUAUCUUAGAGGACCCCACAUUAAAAGAACGAGAACAGGUGGGGUCAGAACAGACAGACUCAUUACUGAAGGAAUCUGUGCCCUCAGACAGUCCUCCGAUUACGGUACAACCUCAAGCUAACACAGGCCAGGUGGUCUUGAUACCAGGGCUGAUUUCCGGCUUGGAAGAGGACCAGUAUGGCAUGCCCCUGGCCAUCUUCACAAAGGGAUAUCUGUGUUUGCCUUACAUGGCGUUGCAGCAGCAUCAUCUUCUCUCUGAUGUCACUGUUCGGGGAUUCGUUGCUGGAGCUACUAACAUCCUUUUUCGACAACAGAAACACCUCAGUGAUGCCAUUGUGGAAGUAGAAGAAGCUCUGAUCCAGAUCCAUGAUCCAGACCUCAGGAAGCUGCUGAAUCCAACCACUGCAGACCUGAGGUUCGCAGAUUACCUGGUGAGGCACGUGACUGAGAACCGGGAUGAUGUCUUCUUGGAUGGCACAGGCUGGGAAGGAGGUGACGAAUGGAUCCGAGCCCAGUUUGCAGUCUACAUCCACGCGCUCCUGGCUGCCACACUACAGCUAGAUAAUGAAAAGAUAUUAUUGGACUAUGGGACAACCUUUGUUACAGCAUGGAAGAAUACUCACAACUACCGGGUCUGGAACAGCAACAAGCAUCCAGCACUUGCAGAAAUAAAUCCAAACCAUCCUUUUCAAGGCCAAUACUCAGUGUCAGACGUGAAGUUAAGAUUCUCACAUUCUGUUCAAAACAGUGAACGUGGCAAAAAAAUUGGAAACGUCAUGGUCACAACUAGCCGUAAUGUUGUACAAACAGGAAAAGCUGUUGGCCAGUCAGUUGGAGGAGCUUUCUCCAGUGCCAAGACAGCUAUGUCUUCGUGGCUUUCUACUUUCACCAGUUCCACCCCUCAGAGUCUCACUGAGCCAUCCGAUGGGAAGCCCUGAGCACGGCAUCCAGCGGCUGCUGUUGCUUUCUUAGGUUAAGUGUUCCCUGUCUGUCUGCUGCUCCCAGACUGUUCCUCUCUAUUGGCCACAGGUCCACAGCAGGGUACUGAUUCGUCGAACUGUUUACAUGGACGGUUGCCCUCUGUCUAAAUGAAUGUCGCAGGAUGCAGAAAAAUGAAAUCACAACCAAUGCAGGGAUGGCUUUCCAGGUUGGGGUUUAAAUUGACUACUUUUAUUUCAGUCUGAGCCUGAUUAAAACUCACAGUGAACCUUCAAUGAAUUUGAGUUCUGAUACACAUUUGUUUGCUUCAGAGUUUUUACUUUCGUAAAUUUUGUCCUGUUUUGAUGUUUGAAUAUCCAGAUGGUCACUGUAAUUUAUAUGUGCUAAAAUUAAGUUAUAUUGCUAUUUUAAUUUCUCUAAAGCUGGCCCUAAAAUGUGCUUAAAAAGUUAAAGGGCCAUGCAGUCCAGGCCUUUGUUAUUUUUUUGCUGAGUUAUAUGAUGAUUUUUUUUGUUUGUUGCUUUUGUGCCCCAAAAUAGAUUUAUCGAUUCACUUCCACCUGGAAACGUGAAAGAGGUGGUAGUUCUGAGUAUGGAGUGUUUUGUUUCAUGUUUUUAAUUUGUUCUUUCCCUGUCCGAAACACUUGCUUUGAGAUGUCAAAGAGUGUCACUCUGCUUUCUUCUCUUCUUUCUCUUAGGUGUGCAGAGAACUAGCAUAGUGACAAUGACAGCGGUAUAGCAGUGUUUGAGCAGCUUAGCCUGAAUGUAUAUUUAGGGCAAGACUUUAAAAGACUUCGAUGUUAGUUCUGGCAGCUCUAGUCACGUUGCAGUCUUUUACAAGGAUUUUUUUUAACCUACAGUUUGUGCCUUCUGUUUCUUCGUUUGAACAGUUUUCCAUUGGGUGUUUACAGGCCUACAGGUUUUUUUCUUAGUCUUCCUCUUCAUAAAGCUCUUUACGGCUCUUGGCCUUUCUAAUUCCCUGAUGGAAAACCCUCCUCUAAUCAAUCCCCAACCCCUUCUAAAAGUAUUUAUAAAAGAAAAGCAAGAAGAUACAUAAAUAGAAAUCUCAUUUUAGAUCACAUUUAUAAAUGCAAGAGGCAAGAGAAGAAAACUACAGCCAUGACAUCAGUCAUGUUUCAUAAAGGACAUCUGGUUUCAUUUUAGACGUGCACAUGUGUGCUAUCUACUGAAGAUUUUUACACAACUGGACCUCAUGUAUCUGCCAUGCUCAGCUGUCAUUUGCUUUUCAAGGGGACUUUGGAUGGGUGUUCUCAGGGAGUACUUACAAGGGACAGACUGCUUUUUCAAAGGCUACUUGGAAAAUACAUUGUGAGUAUAAUCUACAUAUGAUAUAGAAAGUAUUGGGGAAAUAAGGGUCCUAGUUAAGGAGGACACUUGGUUAUACUUGAUGUAUCACUUAAGAAAUGUUUGUGUGAUAAGGAAAUCCUUCUAAAGCAUGUGAAAUGGACAUAGGGACAUAAUAUAUAAAUAUUCCCAGAAUUUCCAGUUUGUGUUUUAACACAAGUCCAACAAAUCUAAAUGCAUACUUCCACUUGAGCGUAACUCAAGAAUUCAGUGAUGAUAAAUUAAAGGGCUUAUUUUCAGAACUCCAUUCUACUCUGCUAGGAAAAUUAACCUUCUCAGGAAAUAGUAUUUGAAGAGAAGAAAGUAAUACCAAACCAAACCUUUUUAAAAGGUACUUUAAUCAGUGUUACACUGAAACCAUAAAGAAUUCAUUCUAACAUCAUGUUGUUUUGUGAGACUACGUCAUUAGCUGGAGUGUGAUAGUGUAUUUGUGUGCAGUUGUUACCUUUCACCUGCUAGAAGUACACAGUGCUCAGGGCACCAGGAGGGCCAGCUAGCACGCUGCAGGUCAUCCUUUAGUUUGCCUGGUUUGUAUGACUGGGGUAAACUCUCAUCCCUCCCUCUUCGAAAGCAGCCCAAUCCAUGCUUUGGAAGCCCACUGAAAUAAAAACAUUUACAUGACAUUUAACUUUGCUCUAGUAUCACUUAUUUCCCAUUUCAAUGUACACCUCAGUUGAACUUUCUAGUAAUGUUUCCCAUUCAGAGUUCGACUUCUAAAGUGGUCGUUUAAGUGGCUUUCAGCAUAAAAUGAAUUAUCUCAGAAGAGAAAUUUUAUCAUAGAAAUGGUCAAAAGACUAACUGUAGUUCCUUUGGGUUCUGGGAGGUGUUGGAGUUUUUAGGGAGCUUAGGCUGUUGAGUUGUUGGCAGGAGCCAUGGGGCAGCCAGCAUGGUUGAAGUCAGGAAGCCUGGCCCCUUGUCCUAUGUCGCCUGUGUGCUUCAGGCUCAGAUUCCAGGCUCCAGCUGAGCAGCGGGACCCAGAGCGGUUGCUUCGCUCUAAUCACCAGCUCAGUGAGCCAUUGGAGCCAACAGUGGGCCGUCUUUGGACAUAUCCCUGGGAAAGGUGUGUGUUUCAGCCACAGUUGCUCCAGUGCUUUUGUGUCUAGUACUGAGUAUUUAUAAGUAGGCCUGAGGGAGCAAGGGUCAGCCAGGCUUUUCAACAUGUGCCAGGCACACAGACUGCACCCCUUGCUUGGUGGCGACUUAAAAGUAGUGUUUGCAAACAGUUUCUGGCAUACUUAAAUUCCUACUAGGUACUGUAAUGACAGUGAUACUGGUAAGGAAAAGAGAGUAAACCUACCACAUCCUAAGCUAGGUGAAUAGAAAAUGCUGUAUGUCAAAGUAAAGCUUAGAAUCAUUGUGCCAUAUGCAUUUAGCUCACAUAAACCAAUACGAAUGGUCUGUCCCCAAGUCCAUCACUGAUUUGAUUUACUAGCCCCAAGCCCUUAAACAAUUCUUCCCUACUUUUUGCUUUAAGAAACACAGCAACAAUACCUUUGGGCAGCAAACCAGACCUAUGACAGGAUUUCUUCAACCUUAUCUUGCUUUCUUAGUUCUAUAUUAAGCGUUGAAUAUAUAUGUGUGUGUGUGUGUCUGUGUGUGUACACAGACACACACACACACAUAUAUAAAAUCAUUUACUUGGGAAAGGCAAGGAGAACGCAAAUUAGGAAGGGAGAGAAGUGAGAAGUUGCAAGGCUGAGGACCAAGGUACUUACAACCUAAAUGAAAGUAUUUUGAGAGCAGUAUUUAACAUGCUAAAGGUUGUAAGAAUUAUUUUGCAAAGAAGUUUGUAUUUUAAUCUGCUAGUUACAAGUUUUAAAAUGAAGCUAUAACACUGUCUCCCUAGCUGGCAGGUUUUGUUCUUAUUUUAUGUUUUGUGGAAGUUAUACUGGUCUUUUUCCCUCCAGGCCUAGUGAUGAGUCAGGAUAAGGGGCCAGUGGACUGAUGCCUAAACCACAUGAACUUUUACAUGCUUCAGCAGUUUGGGGAAGUAGUCCAUUAGGAUGGUUGCUGCUAAAUGUUGCCUAUUAUUUUAUCAGGGAGUUGACUGGGUCUCUUGAAAUGACAUUAGCAUUUGCAUGCUCUGAUUGUUUGAUCGGAGGUGGCAGGGCAUUCAUGGCCUUUCCACCCGAUUUCUUGGUAGCCUUUAAACAGGAUGGGUAGCCCUAGUUUCUAGAAGAUGAUUGUCAUUCCAUAUAGCACAUUGUGCCACUAGGAAAUUUUUCAUUCCAAGUCUUUGGACUUCAUAACAUUAGAAUUGUUUUUCCAUAAUUUCCAGCAUUCCAUAAAUACUCAUCAAGACAAAGAAAAGCAAUGUGGAUCUUUAUUAUUUCCAUAUAAAUAACUUCAGUACCCAUGACUUCCUGCUUUAAUAUGGAGAAGAAACUAGCUCCCUUGUAUGGUAACUCCAAAACUAAAAGAUUGUACAAGUAUAAGGGGUUGACUGACUGUAUUUUGUAAGAUGCUAAUGCAUUUGUAUUUCUGUGCUGUUCUAAAGUUUACCUUUUUACUCAUAUUAAUUAAAGAUAUAGAAACUAUAUAUUUAAAUCAUGUAAAUGGGACACUAGGGAUUUUUUCCGAUCUUCCAUCAGCUUCUCAGACACACAUAGUAUGCUGCUCAAAUUUUUUUGUGUGCAAUAUAAACAUUUGAACAUUUCAGUCAGGUAUUGAGCCAAAAAGGGUAACUGAGGUUUUUAUAAGCUUCUGUGCUUUGCUUGAAAUAUUAAUCAUUUAUAGCUGAAAAUAUAGGAUCAAGACGUAUGUAUUUCAGGCCACUUGAUCAUUGGUUCCUAAAUUUAGGAAACAUUUGAUUAAUGAGUUGGUGAAGGCAUUUAAUAGUUACAAAAAUAGUUUAAGUAUCUGAGAUUAAAGGCUUUCUAUAAACCCUUUCUAAGAAAAUUUAGCUUAGGAAUCUUAGAAAUUUUUUUCUGAGGAAAUUUAGCUGUGACACAUGUUUUGAUCAGAAGUGUAGUGUCUCUUUGCUCUAGUAGUUUUAUAAUUUGUACUAGUUCUUUGUUUCUUAAAAAUGUUAAAAUUAUAAAUCAUGUCUAAUCAUAGUGAAUUGUAAACCUUCUACUGUACUUUAAGAAAAAAUGAGAAUAAAAUUAUACCAUUGUCUUGCA